AUGUUCACAAAUGGAAUUGCUUUAUCUAUUGGAGUUGAUAGACUUUUAAGUGUUUUAUUUCCUAUUUGGUAUGCUUUACACGAUAAAAGGAAUUAUUUGGUAAUAAUUAUUAUUUCCUGUUGCAUUUAUUCUGUUAUUGUGCCUGUAAUUGGACUUAAAAUUUCUUUGGAAAAUCCAGAAAUUGAUCCAGUACAGAAGGAAGCAAGUUGGAUUGUAAUUAUGAUGCUUGUUGUUAAUUUAACAUCCGUUUUUUGUUAUAUAAAUGUUUGGAUUAUUUUAAUGUUUAAAAAAUCCUCAAUGAAAAAGAAACAAAUAAAUGUAUUUAAAUCCCUUUCAAUGAUUUUAUUAAUGGAAAUCUGUGGGUGGAUAACAAAUUAUUUAAUGAGAAUUAUUGUUAAUUCGGCAAAUAAUCAUUCAGUAAAUACUUGGUAUUUAAUUAAUAUAUCCACAAUUGCCCCUUAUAUUGCUAUGAGUUUAUCGCCUGUUUCUUUAUAUAUUUUUAGUUCUGAAUACAAUAAAGCAUUUAUUAAUCAAUUUAAAUUUAUUUCAACACCAAUUGUUCACCCAACAAUUUGUCCAGUUAUUCCUUACAACCAAAUAAUUCCACCAAUAAAUUCAACUUCUCAAUCAUCAAAAGAGAAGAAAGUACUCAACAACAAUUAUUUAUAA